AUGGCAUCACCAGUAGUUUCUUUCCUCCUAAUCGGGAUCUGCUGUCUGGCCUUCGUAAAGGAGUCCACUGCUGAAUGCUGCACCUCCAAGGAGGAAGUGACUUUUAGGUUAGACAGGGGAGAUUGCGAGGAUGUGAGAGGAUCCGAGACAAUCCCCUCAACUGCAAAAAUUACGAUUUGCGCCGAUGGAGUCGCCCAGGUGGGAACAUACUGUGGACGAGGUUCGUGCAACAUUUUCGGCUGCAACUGCGAUGGCGGAUGUUUGGAAGGCGAUUGGACCCACAGCUUUGUGCAGAGAUACAGGGACUACGGUAUAGAGAUCCUCGAAGUUGUCAGGAUCCCUUUUUAG